CCCAGUCAUGUCCUCAAAAGCCAUCCGCGAGUACGACGCCAAGCUUCUCCUUGCCUACUGGCUUGAGCGUGCACCUCCGGCUCACAAAUCUGCCACCACCUCUUCGGCGUUCAAGUACCCCGCACCGAAGGUCGCGCAGAUUCAAUGGGAUCCCGCGACUAACACGAUCACCCCUGAGUCUCAUCUGCCUCCAUGGAUCCACAACACCAAGCUCGUCGCUAAGCCCGAUCAGCUUAUCAAGCGCCGCGGCAAGGCGGGUCUGCUUGCGCUCAACAAGGACUGGGAGGGCGCUAAGCAGUGGAUCGCCGAGCGUGCUGGCAAGCCACAGAAGGUCGAGGCUGUCACUGGGACGCUCAACAACUUCAUCGUCGAGCCUUUCCUUCCUCAUCCUUCCAACGCCGAGUACUACGUCUGUAUUAACUCGGCUCGCGAGGGUGACUCAAUCCUCUUCACCCACGAGGGUGGUGUCGAUGUCGGCGAUGUCGACGCCAAGGCUCUCCGCCUCAACAUCCCCGUCCAGGGUGACUUCCCCUCCCGCGCCGAAUUCGCUAGUACCCUCCUUGUGAACGUUCCUGAUGCGAGGAAGGAGGCCAUCACCGACUUCCUCAUCCGCCUUUACUCCGUCUACGUUGAUCUCCACUUCGCCUACCUUGAGAUCAACCCCCUCGUCGUCCUCGACAACGGCGAGAUCCACUUCCUGGACAUGGCUGCGAAGCUCGACCAGACCGCCGAGAGCAUCUGCGGUCCCAAGUGGGCUAUUGCUCGCGAUCUCUCGAUCUACGAUGCCGAUGGUGGUGUUGGUGCUGCGCCCACUGGCGGUUCCAAAGUCACCGCCGACCGUGGCCCCCCGAUGGUCUGGCCUGCUCCUUUCGGUCGUGAUCUGACCAAGGAGGAAGCUUACAUCCAGAAAUUGGACGGGUCUACUGGUGCCUCGCUCAAGCUCACUGUCCUCAAUGCCGAGGGUCGUGUUUGGACCAUGGUUGCCGGUGGAGGUGCCUCCGUGGUGUACUCUGAUGCUAUUGCCGCUCAUGGCUUUGCCGACGAACUCGCCAACUACGGAGAGUACAGUGGUGCUCCUACAGAGGGUCAGACCUUCGAGUACGCGAAGACCAUCAUCGACCUCAUGACCCGCGGCACCCCCCGCCAAGAGGGCAAGAUCCUCAUCAUUGGCGGUGGUAUCGCCAACUUCACGAACGUCGCUGCUACGUUCAAGGGUAUCAUCCGUGCCCUCAAGCUCUACAAAGCUCCUCUCAUUGCCCACAACGUCAAGAUAUUUGUUCGUCGUGGUGGUCCCAACUACCAGGAGGGUCUCAAGGCCAUGCGUUUGCUCGGUGAAUCCCUCGGUGUGCCGAUCCGCGUCUUCGGUCCCGACACCCAUAUCACCGAGAUCGUGCCUUUGGCCCUCGGCAUCAAGCUGAAGGACAGGCAGGAGUCCGCUCACAGCAUUCCUCCCACUGCUCCUGGCUCUCCCAAGGCCUCUGCGACCGAAGUCCCCGCUGACGAUAACGUCCCCCCUACACCCGGAGCCAUCGGCACUAUCCACCCUUCAGGCGAGCGCACUCAACCUAACGACGUGGUCGUGAGGUUCGACACCGAGAAGAGAGCUCCAUCGACACGCCCUGACUUCCGCCCCUUCGAUGCCCAAACCCGUUCCUUCGUCUACGGUCUGCAGCCCCGUGCCAUCCAGGGCAUGCUUGACUUCGACUACAGCUGCAAGCGCGAUGCACCCAGCGUGGCUGCCAUGAUCUACCCCUUCGGUGGCCAUCACAUCCAGAAGUUCUACUGGGGUACUCGUGAGACCCUCCUGCCCGUCUAUACCAGCCUUGAGGAAGCUGUCAAGAAGCACCCCGAGGUUGAUGUCGUCGUCAACUUUGCUUCGAGCCGCAGUGUCUACUCCAGCACGCUCGAGUGUCUGCGUCACGAGCAGAUCAAGAGCAUUGCCCUCAUUGCCGAGGGUGUCCCCGAGAGACAUGCUCGUGAGAUUCUCUGGCUCGCCAAGCAGAAGGGCGUCUUGAUCAUUGGUCCCGCCACUGUCGGUGGUAUCAAGCCGGGUUGCUUCAGGAUCGGUAACUCCGGAGGUAUGAUGGACAACAUCAUCGCUUCUAAGCUCUACCGUGCUGGCUCGGUCGGCUACGUCUCGAAGUCGGGUGGUAUGUCCAACGAGCUCAACAACAUCCUGUCGCUCGUGACGAAUGGUACAUACGAGGGUAUCGCCAUCGGUGGUGAUCGCUACCCCGGCUCGACAUUCAUCGACCAUCUCCUCCGAUACGAGGCCGACCCCGAGUGCAAGAUGCUCGUCCUCCUCGGUGAGGUUGGUGGUAUCGAGGAGUACCGCGUCAUCGACGCCGUCAAGUCGGGCAAGAUCACCAAGCCCAUCGUCGCCUGGGCUAUCGGUACUUGCGCGAAGAUGUUCACGACCGAAGUCCAAUUCGGUCAUGCUGGUUCCAUGGCCAACAGUGACAUGGAGACCGCUGACGCCAAGAACCGCGCUAUGCGUGAGGCUGGCUUCAUCGUCCCUGAGACCUUCGAGGAGCUCCCUGCUGCUCUCCGGGACACGUACGAGCGCCUCGUCUCCCAGGGCGCCAUCAAGCCCAACUCUGAGGUCGACCCUCCCGUCAUCCCCAUGGACUACAAGUGGGCCCAGGAGCUCGGUCUCAUCCGCAAGCCCGCGGCCUUCAUUUCCACCAUCUCCGACGAGCGUGGUCAGGAGCUCCUCUACGCGGGCAUGCGUAUUUCCGACGUCUUCAAGGAAGAAAUCGGCCUGGGUGGUGUCGUCAGUCUGUUGUGGUUCAAGCGCCGCAUGCCGCCAUGGGCGACGAAGUUCAUCGAGAUGGUUCUCAUGCUUACCGCUGAUCACGGUCCCGCCGUCUCCGGUGCCAUGAACACCAUCGUCGCCACCCGUGCCGGCAAGGACCUCAUCUCGAGUUUGGCCAGCGGUCUCCUGACCAUCGGUAGCCGCUUCGGUGGUGCCCUCGACGAGGCUGCCUCGAUGUUCUCGAACGCUCGUGACACAGGUCUUACUCCUCGCGAGUUCGUCGACGAGUCGCGGAAGGCCAACAAGCUCAUCAGCGGUAUUGGCCACAAGAUCAAGAGCGUCAACAACCCUGACCUUCGUGUCGAGCUUGUGAAGGAGUACGUUCACAAGAACUUCCCCAGCCACUCGCUCCUCGACUACGCCCUCGCUGUUGAGAAGGUUACCACGUCGAAGAAGGAUACUCUCAUCCUCAACGUUGAUGGCUGUAUCGCUGUCUGCUUCGUUGAUCUGCUCCGUGACUCUGGCGCGUUCACCCGUGAGGAGGCUGACGAGUACAUCAAGAUCGGUACCUUGAACGGUCUCUUCGUCCUCGGUCGUUCGAUUGGGUUCAUUGGCCACCAUCUCGACCAGAAGCGUCUCCGUGCUCCUCUGUACCGUCACCCCGCAGACGACAUCUUCAUCAACAUGGCCGACGUGUCGCAGCCCCGUGUCCUCGGCAAGAUGCAGUAGAAGGUCGCGACGAAAAUAUGUUCCUCCGACUCGGUGGAAAGCGUAUCGGGGGAAGCAGGAAUCAAACGAUCAUCGACUCUAAUGACUUUAUACUUAAUGGUGGAGAUAGCGCGGUGCUAUCGCGAUGAUAAUCAUGUGGAGGCUCUUUAUAAUGUAUACCGUACGAUUACCCUUUGCUGUGUCUUUGGUCUUUCCUGUUGUGCUUUUACUCACAAAACUGCAUAAUCGACAUUUUCUCUAUCCCUC